CCUGCUCGGCCGCUCCCCGCUGCCACACCCGCACGCGUCCGUCGCCAUGGCCGGCGCCCCGCGCAGGUCCGACGUCGACUUCGCCGACGUCUUCGGCGGCCCGCCCCGCCGCUCGUCGGGGAGCGACCGCGGGCGCCGCUCCUCGCUCGACUCGCCCUCCGGCUCCGGCUCCGGCUCCGGCGCCGCGUCCAGGGCGCGGAGCGGGGCCGAGGAGAGGCCCGCCUUCGGGGACCGCACCAGCUCCGGCUUCGCGUCGAGGGAGCGGCGGAGCGGCGGCGAGAGCGGGCCCGGGGAGAGGCCCGUCUUCGGGGACCGCACCAGCUCCGAGCGGAGGCAGCUCGGCCAGGAGUUCUACAAGGAUAUCUUCCCGGGGGCCGAGCCGCCGGCGUCGCCCAGGCCGGGCGGCGCCUCCGGCGAUCGGGACGUGUUCGGCGCGCCCACGUCGCCCGGCGGGUCCACCAGCCGCCUGCUGUCGCGGUCCAGCUUCUCCAUGAAGUUCACCAGAGGUGUGGACAGUUCAGUGCCUACUUCUCCAUCCCGGCAUAUAUCCAGCAGAAAUGAUGAUGACACAUCUUAUGGUUACAGUGUUCCAGCUUCACCGAAUUCAUCCACGAAUAGUUCUCUUGCCCAGGGGGUAUCCCAGCAAGAUUCGAAGAAGAAUCCCUUUUCGUGGCAUCGAUAUCCCUUCCUAUCCCGGUUCCGUUCAAGUGGAGAUAAGAAGGACACCUCUCAACAUGUUAACUCUAUGGACAGUGAAUGUGAAGGGACUCCUAUUAGCUCAGCAAGCUUCAUCAGCAGUGACAAGUUCCAUUUUUCAUUCUAUAAGUGGGCAGGGAAAGGAGCUUUGUUGAUGUUGCCAGCUAGUGUGCAAGAAAAAGAUGGAAAUAUUAUUGGGGUUAGAAGCUUCCCUCAAGUAGUUGUGCAAGGCAUUGACCUAAUUGAUGAGGAAGAAAGCAUGUCAACCGCCACGCCUGCAUCAAAAAGUCAGACCGACUAUGAAGAUUACAAACACAGUAUAAACUCAACAACCAAGGAGGAAUCUUCAGUGUUUGAUGAGUACCUGCAGGGUGAUAAAUCCAAAGAAGCAGGAACAAAGAAGAGUAUCAAUAAUGCAAAGAGCAAUGUAUCAGCAGGGAGCCCCAGAACUCAAAGUUCACGUCCACCUUCAGGAGAGAAAAGUCGUGGUAGCAGAGUGCUAAAAGAUUUCAUCAAAAUCUUCAGUCCUGAGGUUUCACCAAAGCGAAAAGUGGCAGUUGAGGCUCAAGAUCAGUCCAGUGGAAAAAGUGGAAGCAAAGGUGGAGUUGAAGAUAAAUUUAGCAUCUCGGAUUUGGAGACUGGUGAGGAUAUUAAGACGGAUAAAACAAACAAUCAGAAUGCAUUUUCCCCUGCGGCUGCUCAAAUGAGAGACGUACAAGGUAGGAUGGAGAAACCCGUCCUUACAGUCGAUGAUGAAAUGCUCACAAGAACAGGCAAACUCUCUGGAAAGGAAGAUGUUAAACCUCCAUCUUCUGAUAAGUCGUUCCAUGUUGAAACAGAGGAAAAGGUGCGUGACACAACAAGUCGUGAGGAAAGUCACAUGGAAAAUCUUGAAGAAUGUGUGGUUGAGCAUUUGGAUGAAGAUCAGAUUCUUCAGGAUGACAAUGAAAAGGAACAAAUAAAGAUAUCUCAAUCCAAAAUCCGGGAGUGGUCAAAGGGAAAAGAAGGAAAUAUUCGGUCAUUGCUUUCUACACUGCAAUAUGUUCUCUGGCCUGAGAGUGGAUGGAAACCAGUUCCAUUGGUUAACAUAAUUGAAGGAGCAGCGGUUAAGAAAGCUUAUCAGAAGGCGUUGUUAUGUCUUCAUCCAGAUAAGUUGCAACAGCGAGGAGCUGCCAUGCAUCAAAAGUAUAUAGCAGAAAAGGUUUUUGAGAUUCUACAGGAGGCAUGGAAGGAAUUCAAUUCAGUCACUUUUGGAUAGUCUUUCGUAGCUUCUUUUGUUCAGCAUGUCUACACUAUUUGCGAUGGUGCCAAAAUGGACGUAAAUAAUCUUAUCUACGAUAAUGUGUAGACAUGGCACAAGGACAUCUUUUAAGCUGGCAAACUGCGCCUUUUGAACUUGUUUUGGUGUAAAUGCAAGUGUGAAUCUGGAGAACCGACCAAUGCUGCCCUUUGCCAAAAAAAAAGACUUAGAGGUUAAACUGUGUUUGGUUCUGGUGUAUUUUGAUGAUUGAAAUUCUCCAUAUGCUAUGCCUAUGUACCUGAAGCCUGGUCCUUGCUUGAUUACUGAGUCUUGAAAUGUUGAAAUUUCGAGCGUGAA